UAUAUAAAGGAAGAAAAAUACUUAGUUCCAUCAAAGAAACCUAUCGAUAGCUAACUAAUUCAUCAAUGGCCAUGUCAGGAACAUACGUGACGGAUGUGCCUCUAAAAGGAUCGGCCGAGAAACACUACAAAAGGUGGAAGAGCGAGAAUCAUCUCGUCCCUGACGCCAUCGGCCACCUCAUCCAUGGUAUUACCCUCCACGAAGGCGAAUGGGACUCUCCCGGCGCCAUCAAGAGCUGGAAGUACAAUCUUGAUGGGAAGGAAGAAGUGUUUAAGGAGAGAAUAGAGAUGGACGACGAGAAGAUGGCGGUGACAUUCAAUGCGCUAGAUGGUCAAGUCAUGGAGGAGCUUAAGGUGUAUAUCGCAAACUUACAAUUCAUCCCCGAGUCCAGAAAUGAUGGCUGCUUAUGCAAAGUUAGUGUAUAUUGGGAGAAACGCACUGAAGGCUCUGCAGAGCCCACCAUGUUCAUGAAGUUCCUCGAGAAGAUGGUUGCUGACAUGGAUGGCCACAUCCUCCAGAACCAGCAGGAAUAAUGGAUCGAUGCUUAAUCAUAUCAUCACAUCCUCCUUUAACUAUAUUUUUAUAUGUACGUUUUUCUUAAAAAAAGUUCAUCUCGUACAUGACAUAUUUCUACUUCCUUAUAUCAUUAUGGUGUACGUUGUCUAUCCAAC